AUGUCUUUUACAAUCUGGGUUAAAUAUAAUAAUGAACAGUCAGUUAGUAUCGAAUUUCAGAAAGGAACAGUGGAUAAGUUGAAGGAUGCAGUCAAGCGUAGACUAACAAGCUUGGGUAAGGAGAAUAAUGGUAAGAUUAUUCUUCGAAAACACGGAGCUACUGUCGAUUUAAAACCAAGUGAGAUUGUAGACCAAAGCUUUGUAAACACUGACAAUACACCUAUUCAAGUUUUUACCAUCGUCGUUAAGACCACCUUCCUUGUUCAAAUCUACGAUAAUGAGGGUAAACCAUUGUCGGGGAAAUUUGCAAGUUAUACGAUGCAUAAUGAUAACGAAUAUCGUCUCUUUUUGAAGAGUUUCAAAGCGAAUGGUUUGGAACGUAUAUCUGAUACCAAUGAAGUACCAACGGUUAUCACCUCUUUAGGAGAUAUAGUAUCUGGUGAACGCUAUCAAAUAAUAGCUUCCCAUCUAACAGCAAUCAAAAAGAAUGUUGUCUGGGCUCAGGUUGAGGAUAAAGCAAUGGAGGAUGAAACGUUAUUAGCUGUAAAGAACUCUCUCAACAAAAUGUUCAAGUUAACUGUAGAAAUAUUUCCCGAUCGAAUAAUGUAUAAGAACAAAAUAUCGAUAAUGGAAUUAGAUGGAAUUCUCAUUUGUGGCAAUAAGGUAUUCUUACUUGAAGCCAAACAUAAAAUGACGGCCGAACAUGUAGGAAACCUCAUUGAUCGAUUAAAUGAAUUCCCAAAGAAGCUCGAAAUUACGGAUAGUUCGGAAUUUAAGAAAUUGUUGGGAAAACAAUAUGUUGGGGUUGCUUGCGGUACAUUCUUUACUAAUGAAUUGAGGAGUAUAUCAAAGGAUAAAGGGCUAAUAGUUGUUUUUCCGAGUGGAAAUCGAUAUAAAGCAGAGAUGCCUCAAGAAUUGAUGGUAAUUGUCACAGGAACUCCCGUCUGGCAAGCAAUUUUGCUCGCUAGAGCAAUAAGUCAUGAAAAAGAAAACUCUUCAGCCAUAUACGAAGACGGUAUGGAUAGAACACAAAGUAGCGCUCGCAAAAAAUAUCCUCUGUAUGACCCUUGCUAUGCAUAUCAGUAUCAUGUGAAUCCAUGCUCAUUAUGUGGAAAAGAGAUUUAUUCACUCGCAUCGAACCCGUCAUACAAAGAAUUUACCCUAGCUUCGUGUGGACACAUCUUUCAUCAGAAGUGUCUCGAAAAGUAUCUGGUGAAUGGAGAAGCGCGAUGCCCGAAUAAGGAUUGUAAUAGAGAUAUUGAAACUUUUCUCUCUCCGGAUCUUUUUAAGGAAAAGGGAUCGCAAGACAAACUUUCAACUACUGAUGAAAAUAUCACCUCCAUGCCGGUGGAUUCGGAAAAUGCAACUCCUGUGGAUGAGGAUUCCAAUGUAACUGUUAUGAAGGAGUUAGAAUUAUUAGGCGGAGAGGAACAAAGUUCGUCCAAGACUACUGGGACCACUAAAGAAACUUUUGACCAGGCAACCAGCCCUAUUGAGGUUGUUAGCACUACACCCGGCAAUUCUGAAAAUUUGGAUGACUCGAUUUCAAAGGAUACUAGCGGACAAAUCCAACGCCCUAUAU